UACCCGGAGGAGAAAGAAAGCCAGUUUAUAGCUCGAAACUAACUCAUCUUAAAAUAACACACUACCGUCCGCUUACAAAUAGGAAAAUCAAAGGCAUUGUGCAUACUUUCCAAAAUAUAAUUCAUUUAGACUUUGAAAAAAGUAUAGAUCCUACUGGUAAAACUCUAAAGCUAAUAGCGAAAUCGUACCCAAAUUUGGAGUAUUUUAAUAUAUCUGAUUUACACAAAGGAUUUCAGCCAAAUAAUGAUAUAGGUCUAAUUGCAAUCGCACAAUCAUGCCACAAACUAGAAUAUCUAAAUAUCUCUAAUCGUAUAGAGUUUUCUGAAAUAUCAAUUUGUAAUGUUAUUCAUUCUUGCCCAAGGCUUCAACAACUUGAUCUUAGCUAUUGUAGAAUUACUGAUAAAACUAUUGAAGAAAUUGCUAGAUCAUGUCUCAAUUUAAAAUAUCUUAAUCUGAGAGGGUGUUAUAUAGUGGGAUAUCCUACUUAUAUAAUUAGCAAAGAAGCCAUAGAUCAGCUCGUUUCACUUAAUCCAAAUAUCCACAUAGAGAAUUUCGAGGAAACUUUAACACCUCCCGAUCUCAUUGGAGCAGUUAUAAAUCAUCUUACACAGAAUAACGUUGCUAGUAGACAUACUUUAGGUCGGGGCCUUCAGCGCCUCUUAGAUUUAAAUAUGCAAGAUAAUUUGCAAUAUAUUAACAUAACUAUAACACAGACCAUGGGCAAUAUAGCACAAGUCGAUCAAUCCGAUAUAGAAAAGGUAAAUAAAGUAGCAUUUCCAUUACAAUUUGAUAGCUCUGUAAGCGAAUACAUUAAAAUGGUAAAGAUACAUGCUAUUGGUAUUGGCAAGGAUUUAGAUGAUAUAGUCAUAAAAGUGAAAUUCAUUAGUGGAUUAUCACCUGACAAUGAAAAGCGUGUGCAUGAGUUUGGGGUUAAAAAACCUUUGUCCGAAAUAUUCGAACAUUUACUUAAGCCUUCUUGUCCAGAAUACUGA